AGAGUUGAGUGGUAAACGAGUGAGGAGGAACUGUAGUGAAUCUGUUUGCUAGACGAGCGCAUUUCGGCUGCGCACCCAUUCAGAAACCGCCGGCCGCGAAAAGAGAGAGAGAGAAAACAUGGCAGCGCAGAUGGCAGCCACGAAAGUGCCCGAGGUGCGAGACAUCACCCGGAUAGAGAGGAUUGGUGCACAUUCACACAUUCGAGGCCUUGGACUAGACGAUGCUUUGGAGCCACGGCAGGUUUCUCAGGGGAUGGUGGGUCAGCUGGCAUCUCGGCGGGCUGCUGGUUUAAUCUUGGAGAUGAUUAAAGAUGGGCACAUUGCUGGCCGUGCUGUGCUCAUCGCUGGCCAGCCUGGGACUGGCAAGACUGCUAUUGCUAUGGGCAUUGCUCAGUCACUUGGAUCUGAUACGCCUUUUACUGCUUUGGCUGGGAGUGAGAUCUUCUCUCUGGAGAUGAGCAAGACAGAGGCACUCAGCCAGGCCUUCCGCAAAGCCAUCGGAGUCCGAAUCAAAGAGGAGACGGAGAUCAUUGAGGGCGAGGUGGUGGAGAUUCAAAUCGACAGGCCUGCCACAGGAACGGGUGCAAAAGUAGGCAAGCUGACUCUGAAAACUACAGAUAUGGAGACCAUCUAUGACCUGGGCAGUAAAAUGAUCGAAAGCCUCAGUAAGGAGAAGGUCCAGGCUGGGGAUGUGAUCACCAUCGAUAAAGCCACCGGGAAGAUCAGCAAACUUGGACGGUCUUUUACAAGAGCACGAGAUUAUGAUGCCAUGGGGGCACAGACUCAGUUUGUGCAGUGCCCAGAAGGGGAGCUGCAGAAGAGAAAGGAAGUCGUCCACACAGUUUCACUCCACGAGAUUGAUGUCAUCAACAGUCGGACGCAGGGCUUUCUAGCCCUGUUCUCAGGAGACACUGGAGAGAUCAAAUCAGAGGUACGUGAGCAGAUCAACGCUAAAGUGUCUGAGUGGAGAGAGGAGGGCAAAGCAGAGAUCAUUCCAGGGGUCCUCUUUAUAGAUGAAGUUCACAUGUUGGAUAUUGAGUGUUUCUCCUUCCUAAACCGAGCCUUAGAGAGCGACCUUUCACCUGUACUCAUCAUGGCCACCAACCGUGGCAUCACCAGAAUUCGAGGCACAAACUACCAGAGUCCUCACGGUAUUCCAAUAGACCUGCUGGACCGACUGCUUAUCAUCGCCACAUCUCCUUACACUGAGAAAGAGACAAGGCAGAUCCUGAAGAUCCGAUGUGAAGAGGAGGAUGUGGAGUUGAGUGAUGAAGCUCACACAGUUCUCACACGUAUUGGACAGGAGACGUCUCUUCGCUACGCCAUCCAGCUUAUCAGCACUGCAGGCCUGGUGUGCCGCAAACGCAGGGGCACAGAGGUCCAGGUGGAGGACAUUAAACGUGUCUACUCUCUCUUUUUGGACGAGUCUCGUUCCUCACAGUACAUGAAGGAGUACCAGGACUCCUUCCUCUUCAACGAAGCACAAUCUCUUCAGAUGGACACUUCAUAAGAAGAUGACAAAAGAGAGCCUGUUUUUUAUACCAUGUUCCUGUGAUGUUCUCUUAGCUCGUGUGGCCUGAUGGUCCCCCGGCUCCUGGCUGUGAAGUGCAUUCCCCCUCAUUACUCGUUUUUUUCCAUGUGUUUUAUUGCGGUUUAUCAUUUGCUGAAAUCCAUGCACAUUAAAACUAUUUUUGGUUGAAAUUGCAA